AUGAGGACAACUCCGCUUCCAUCGCCGGCCGAGGCCCCUUCGCCUGUCGCCGCACCUCAUCCUCACCUGCGUGGCUCCCCCCAGUCAACAUCCGACCUGGUUUCCAGUAGAAACGUUGGAUGCACAGCGGACGGAAACGUGCCCAUAGAGGAUAACGUAUGGAAGGCUAACUCUCAAUCACCUUUUGCAUUACAUGAACAGACUGCGACCCCGUAUUGUACCUCGCCACCUACGAAAAAGGAGAAUUCAGACUCGGGAAAAGGGUACCAAGAGGAUCAGGGACGAAGCCUGCAAACCCUCAAGGAAUUACGGAGACAGAUGGAGGAGUUGCUUGUAUAUCAACAGAUGCAACAAUCCCAGACCCAGAACGCCUCAGCCACUCGGGAAACUACCUCGUCGCAAGCAGACCCCGUCUCCUCGAAUUACGAAUCGUCAAGGAAAAGGCGCAUUUCAAAUGUAUCUUCCCCGAGGAUCGCACCGCUCCCAACAGACGCUAUGCCUUCAACUUCAUAUUCCGACUCGACCGGCUCCGGAGGCACGAUACGAGCCGCUGAUUUAACGCCCGACAAUAUGCCCGGACAGACCCCAUCGUACCCUUUCCCCAGAAUGCAGCAUCAAUCGGCUCCAAGGUCGACGCAAGAUCCUACACACAACCAUAACCCAUUCAAGCUGACACUUCCGGCUGAAAAGCUCAAAGUCCACAAGACCUCGCAACUGGCAGAUGAAAGACACCCUACCUCGAUGAAGACUCCUACAUCCCAUAGCGUUUUCCUGCCACCUCAAUACAAGCCGGUGGCUGAGGACCCGACUUAUCCUACCCCCAAUUUGUAUGAUCUUACGUUGCAGCUUAAUGCCGAUCCUGGUCUUGAUGCAUGGUGGGCCAACGUUGUGCACAUUUUACAGGAGAACUAUGGUGCUGAGAGAGCAUCACUAGCCAUACCUGGAGAUGCGACGGAUCUUGAAAACGUGCCGUGGGGCCAGAAGGCAGUUUUCGAUCGUAAUAUAGAAGGAUAUGAACGGGAAACUCUACAGAACCAGCAGUCCCACGAGGAGGCAACUGGAACGAGCGAUGGAUCUAUCAAAGGGGCUGCCAACCCGGAAAAGCGGAAAGACGAGUCUACCACGGAGAGCUUGGCGAAUGGAUCGGGUGCUGCCAAACUUUUAAAACGACCCUCGCUUCUGGCACGGCAUUCGUUUGCAGGUUUUGGUAAGGAGCGGAAAUUAUCAACAUGGCAAGACUCGGAAACCUCACCGCAGGAGCAAAAGGCGAAAAAUGAGAACAAGCGCGUACAGAUCUCCAGCGAAAACCCAGAUGGUACCGGAACAACUCAGAGCCAGAGCCAGACCUCGGCUACACCCUACCAGGUGCACACUGUGCCCUUUACGCAGUCCUUUGACCCGAUGAGUCCUGCCCAAUAUAAUCAUCGACAGGCUGUCUUCCCCACAUCCAGACCCUUGGAAGUUGAAAUAGAUCCGCUCAUAAAGAGGACCGGUGUUGUGAAAUUGUUCGGGCGCACAGGGCCUGUCGUUCUAACUAGAGAGUAUUCAGAGAAUUCUGCAGCAAAGCAGUCUGAGGGUGACGUUCAAACACCAGAGGACGUGGUGCAAGUCACUCCUACGGCAGAGCCUGUCCGGCCGUCGAACAAAGAGCAUGCAAUUCGGUCCAGAUCUGUCUCUAACCCCGCUGCAUCGGGUUUACAUGCGCCUAGAGUCCCUUUGAUGGAGUUCUACGACGAAUAUGAACAAGUUCCUCCCUCCCCCUGGUCACAGUCCCCUGCUCCUUCUCCAGCGCCCCGUGCGCACGCAGAGCAGAAUCCCUUCUUUUCUAGCCAUACGGUCGAUGAAGGUGCAUUCGCGAAGCAUCCUCCGCAACAUGAUUACUCGAAUCUGAACCCCCUGGAAGCCAUUGGUGUCGACCUAGCGAAGUCUGUAAUUCACAUACCUCUUUUGCAUGCUGGCCGCUCGAAGCCAACUUCGCCGUCCACUUUGAGAUUUCCGGUAGCUGUCAUCUCAAUAUUGUCACCUAUAAUACCAUAUCCUGCGAAUUUGCGACAAUCACUCGCUUGUCUUAUCCCACAUCUGACAACUUCGUUCUGCUUAGCCCAGCACUACAGUCAGCUCGAGCGGCAAUUUGCAUCUCGUCUCGAAGCCCCACGUUAUGGGCAUCUUCUUGGCCUUGGGGGAACAUUCUCAGACGAAAGCAGUGAGUUGGAACUGGUAGCUGGUCUUAGUGGACAUGUCAACUAUUCUAUAGCCGAUGACGGUUCACUGGAGGCUCGUGCUAGCCUAUCUAGUCCGGACGAAAGAUCAAACUCGGCGAAGCCUAGUCCAUCUGGGGUCGGUACUCCUGGUCUUGACCUGGGUAGUAUUGGAGCAGGGGUUCCGUCUGUCCUGGGCGAAUCCCCUGGAUUUCCUGCUAAAUUUGGAACUGAUGCUGUGGACAGCUACUUCAAUGUUCAACAGCUUAAGGGCCUCCGCGAUGCGUUGACUCAUCAUCGGAAUCGAUUGUCAAAGCCUCGGCAGAACGCCACAACUUCUACACCCACUUCUCCUGGGAGAUUGCUGGGGAAGCUCCCAAUAGAUGAAGAUGGUGCCACCGUACCAGACCCAACUGCAGCUCAGGCAUCCCCAUCCCAGGAAUUCCGCGCACCGCCAGUUAUAUCCCCGACGCAAAACUCGUCUCGUCACCCUUCAGCAAACUCUUUUUAUGCCCAACUACCACGCGAGUUACCACGUCCGUUCACCGAUACUGUAGCACAAUUGAUGCUAAACUCCGUUCCACUGCAUAUCUUUCUUGCGAAGCCGCAAAGCGGCGAAGUCAUUUGGACGAACUCCAAAUUUGACGCAUACAGAAGGAGCCAACCUCAGGAGCAAAAGCUAAGGGACCCUUGGCAAAAUAUCCACAGCAGCGAACGCGAGCAUGUAUCACAGGAGUGGGCAAACGCUCUACGGACGGGGUCACAAUUCACGGAACGCGUGCGCGUGAAACGUUUCAACGACGAGUCGGCGUACCGUUGGUUCAUCUUCCGAGCCAACCCCCUACUAUCUUCCACAGGCGAGGUGCUUUAUUGGAUUGGGUCGUUUCUUGAUAUCCAUGAGCAACAUAUUGCGGAGCUCAAAGCAGCUCAGGAGAGAGAGAAGUUUGCGAUCGAUGCCAAAUACAGAGCGUUCUCGAACUCCAUCCCGCAGAUUGUCUUUGAAGCCACUGAGUAUCGUGGUCUCAUAUUUGUGAACGAACAAUGGCAUUUGUAUACCGGCCAGAAGCUUGAAGAAGCGCUCAACUUUGGGUUUGCGAAACAUCUUCAUCCCGACGACUUGGAGAAAUGUGGCGUACUUUCUGUAUAUCUCUCUGAGUCCCAAAAGGAGAAUACAGUUUCUGGGUUAGACACGACCCUCCAAGAACGUCACCUUGCCAAUGGGGUUACGCCUGCUCUAGAAGAACUCGUGAGACGUGGUGUGGCCUCUGUCCAAAAAGAUGAAAAUGGACGUGUCUUUUAUUCCACGGAGAUUCGACUUCGCUCCAAGGGAGCAGACUUUAGGUGGCAUCUUGUUCGCUUGGUGCGCGUCGAGACGAGUAGUUUCGGUAGCGGAGAGGCGUCGUGGUACGGAACCUGUACCGAUAUCAACGACCGCAAGAACCUGGAGCGGGAGCUCAACAAGGCAAUGCAACAAUUGAACAACCAAAUGGAAUCGAAGACCAAGUUCUUCAGCAACAUGUCCCAUGAAAUUCGGACACCGCUGAAUGGAAUACUCGGUACCAUUCCUUUCAUCUUGGAUACUCACCUCGACACGGAUCAGAGGCGAAUGCUGGAUACGAUUCAGAACAGCUCAACUAACCUCCGUGAAUUGGUUGAUAAUAUUCUAGAUGUCUCCAGGGUUGAAGCAGGGAAAAUGUCGCUAGUUAACUCCUGGUUCCAUGUGCGGUCGGUGAUUGAAGAUGUGAUUGACACUGUUUCUUCCAGAGCUAUCGACAAGGGCCUCGAAAUCAACUAUCUAAUGGACGUUGAUGUUCCUCCCAUGGUCAUUGGUGACAGGUUCAGAAUUCGGCAAGUCUUAAUAAAUCUUGUUGGCAAUGCAGUCAAAUUCACCUCUCAAGGUGAAAUUCACAUACGCUGCUCCAUCUAUCAUGGAACCGCGACUCUUUCCAAGGAGACAGAAUUACUAUUGAACUUUGACGUUGUUGACACAGGGAAGGGUUUCAGCGCAAGAGAUGCCGAGCGUCUGAUGCAACGGUUCAGCCAAUUAGGGCAAAACGGUUCCCAACAACAUGCUGGUAGCGGCCUUGGGCUCUUCUUAUCCAAACAACUUGUCGAAAUGCAUGGUGGCAGAUUGACCCCCAGCAGUAAAGAAGGUCAAGGCGCCAAGUUUUCGUUUUACGUGAAGGUUGACGCACCUCCGCCACCGUCGCCCGACGAACCGCGCCUCGUUCGACAAUCGUCUAGCAUGUCCGAGGGUCUUGGGUUGCAAUCCAAGCCUAGUUCCCUGCAGAAGAUGCUCUUUUCGUCAAGGGACUCUAUAGAUUCAAAGGGACCGGAUACCUCUGACAUCUCAUCCGUACUUGACUCGCCGCUUUCCCAGCCCCUGAGCAGCUCUGAUCCUUCUGCUCGGUUGACUUCCAAUAGCUUCUCAGAGCGAUCUUCAGUUUCUUCAGCUCUACCAACCCCUGAGCUUCAUGCCGUGGAUCCACUUACCAAGGUUGAUACCGCAAAGUCCAACAACACAGACGUUUCGUCGCAGGCUCGACCGAAUACCACGGCUUCUUCGAGCAGCGAUACCAUUCGUCCCGUAGCUCGUCCAUCCUCUUCAACCUCUCGGGAGCUGUCUUUAUCGAUUACAUCGGCAGCUGUUGAUGCUGGCUCAGAUGCCCCGGUCUCUCAGGACCCCUACUCAAUUCUCAUUCUAUGUCCCUUGGAUAAUACGCGCAAAGCUAUCAAGCAGCAUAUUGAACAGGUGGUGCCUCAUGAAAUACAUUUUUCAAUCACAUCCUUACCUGAUGUCGAGGAUUGGAAGGACUCAAUGAAUGAUGAGUCUAGUGCUAAGAUCACGCACCUGGUACUAAAUCUACCCAGCGUGGAAGACGUCCAGGACGUGAUUCAGUAUGUUCUAGAUUGCGACUCAGCGUCCGCGCCCACUCUUGUUAUUAUUUCCGACCUAUACCAGAAGCGACAGAUUAAUUCAAAGAUCAAGGAACUGUCUGCUAGUGGUGGCCGUGUUUAUACCGUGCCAAAGCCGGUCAAGCCUUCGGCAUUCUCGGCCAUCUUUGACCCCGAUAACAGGCGAGACCUCAGCAAGGAUAGAAAUCAGGACAUGGCCCGAGAGAUCAACAAUAAUUUCAAGACCAUGUCUAAGAUGGUGAAGGAGGUUAUCGGGAACAAGGGAUACCGGAUAUUGCUUGUUGAAGACGAUGAAACAAAUCGUAUGGUUAUGUUGAAAUAUCUGGACAAGAUCAAGGUCAUGGCCGAAACCGCGUCAAAUGGUCAAGAGUGCACGGAAAUGGUAUUCUCUAAGGAGCCAGGAUACUACUCCCUUAUCAUAUGUGAUAUCCAAAUGCCAAUGAAAAACGGAUACGAAACUUGUCGUGAUAUUCGUGGCUGGGAACUAAAGAAUCAUUACCCUCAAAUACCCAUUAUGGCUUUGUCUGCCAAUGCAAUGACAGACCAAAUUGAAGACGCUGCACGCGCUGGCUUCAACGACUAUGUCACAAAACCCAUCAAACAUAACGAACUGGGCAAGAUGAUGAUGGGACUACUCGAUCCUAGCCGACCACUCCUUCUACUUCGAGACCGUCUUAGGAGGGAUAAUCUUCGCGAGGAUUAA